ACAGGGUACACAGCAUCUCCAGGAGAACAUCACGCACCUCCAGACGAACAUAAUGCAUCUUUAAGGAGCUCUGUCUGCCGGUGCAUCCAUUGGCUAGCCGGAGGUUGCACUGGGUCCUGUGAUUGGCCAUACUUAAUGAUCCUUGGUUUAUCAUUUGCCCCUGUAAUUUACUAUGAAUAUUGUAUACAGGCGGAAAAGCUGCUGGUAAGUUUGAAAUAGCUUAGUCCUGGGUAAGACGUGUGUGUGCGGGGAAAUUAUAUUUUCCAUCAUCUAGUGGAAAUGCUUCUAUCCUGGAUUCGGAUGGGUAGGAAUUGUCUCAGUCGGAUAUUCAGCAUGUAGAUAUUUCUGCUGGACGUUUGGAGAGGACUAUUACGCAAAGAAUGUUUUGCGCUAAACUGAAGGAUCUCAAGAUCGCGGGUGAAUGCCCGUUUUCUAUGGUCGUUGGAAAUGAGGAACCCGCGGACUUUGAGGAAAACAGUGCGGUGAAUGCUUUGCCAGUAUCCAGAGAGGUGCAGGGCACAAACACAAACAUUCUGCCCAGACGCAAAAUAAGCCGGGGCAAAGUUAAUCUGCAUUCACUGGGUGAGAGCAUCCGAAAGCUGGUGUGCCCGGAGUUCGAAAAAUUACGAAAUGCAUUGAUCAGAGUUAUGAAACAGCAGCUAGACAUGAGUUGCCCUGUAGCCUGCAGUUCUCAUUUGUCUCAGACAAUGGACAAUGCUGAACAAUUAUCAGAUGUCAUGAAAAACUUCGCCCUUAAAACAGAUAUCCCCAUGGAUACGCUAAAGAUUUCUCUGGGUCUGGAGGUGUUUCGGAACUGUUAUGAGGAGGACGGUCAUAUUCUUCAUGUGGUGGGGGGAGCUCUCCAUGAUUUUCUAAACAGCUUCAAUGUUCUCUUAAAGCAGAGCACACCACCCACCCCAGAAGUUCAGCGUUACAUCCACCAAGCCUCUAUCCUCUGCCUGGACAAAGACCCAGGACUCCUAACCGUCUAUUUCUUCAAUCCCCUCCCCACCACUGAGCUCUUCUUCUCGGGUGUCAUCCAGGCAGCAGCGUGUUUGCUCUACUGCACACGGGUGGAAGUCAGAAUGGAUGUUGGGGGUAAAGACAGUAGUGCUCUACAGGCCAGUCAUCAGCCUCAUCUGCUGUACUCAGUAGUAGUGAGAGACGGCAGAAGCCUCACACCAAGCCCCAUGAGGACGCACUCAUCUGGAGACAUUCCCCUCUCACUGCUCUACUCUACUUUUCCCUUCCACAUUCUCUUAGAUCAGGAAAUGAGCCUGAUGCAGAUUGGAGACGGUUUGAGGAGGAGGCUCGGACGAUGCAGAGAUGGGCAAAGGAGAACUUUUUUCAACGAGCACUUUGCUAUUGUUUCACCUGAGAUACGAGCCAGCUUCCAGGAUAUUUUAACCAUGCUAAACACCCAGUUUGUACUACGGGUGAAACAGCAUGGAGCGAGCUCUGCUGACAGACCUGGAAAGCAUAUGGACCUGAAGGGGCAGAUGAUCUUCAUGUCAGAAAUGAGUGCUCUCCUCUUCCUCGGCUCUCCGUGUGUAGAUAAGCUGGAGGAGUUGACAGGCCGGGGCCUCUACCUCUCUGACAUCCCCAUCCACAAUGCGUUACGAGAUGUUGUUCUGGUUGGGGAGCAGACCAAGGCCCAAGAUGGACUAAAAAAACGUCUGGGUAAAGCCAAAGCUGCCCUGGAACAGGCACAUCAAGCCCUUGAAGAAGAGAAGAGGCGAACAGUAGAGCUGCUCUUCACAAUAUUCCCAGGGAAUGUUGCUCAGCGUUUGUGGCAGGGACUUCCUGUGCAGGCAAAAAAAUUUGAUCAUGUCACCAUGCUGUUCUCAGAUAUCGUGGGCUUCACUGCGACAUGCUCACGAUGUACACCCAUGCAGGUGGUGAACAUGCUCAGUGAGCUCUACACAAGGUUUGAUCACCACUGCGGUGAGCUGGAUGUGUAUAAGGUGGAAACCAUUGGAGACGCGUACUGUGUAGCUGGAGGCUUACACAAAGAGAGUCCGACCCAUGCUGUCCAGAUUGCUCUCAUGGCUCUAAAGAUGAUGGAAUUGUCUGAUGAGGUCACGACUCCCAUGGGGGAGGUUAUCAAGAUGCGUAUCGGGAUCCACUCUGGCUCGGUUUUGGCUGGUGUAGUCGGUGUUAAAAUGCCCCGUUACUGCCUUUUUGGCAAUAACGUCACAUUAGCCAACAAGUUUGAGUCCUGUAGCCUGCCAAGAAAGAUUAACGUCAGUCCCACCACAUACAGAUUGUUAAAAGAUUGUCCAGAGUUCACUCUCAUCCCCCGGACAAGAGAGGAUCUUCCACCCAACUUCCCUGCCGACAUCCCUGGAGUUUGUUACUUCCUCCAGGCUCGCGAUCAAAUGACUAGUGCUGCUUCAGACGAAACUCAACCCAGUGGAUAAAAAAACAUAAAAUCUUUAAGACACAAAUCCUGGAAACAUUGGGUUAAUAUUAACUGUCACUCUGUGUAUAUUUAUAGUUGAGCCAGAGGUAGUUUAUCAUCCAAAUGUUGAAUGUUGGCAAAAAGCUAUCAAAUAACAUUCAUUAGAAGGGUUUCACUGUGCACAGUUUUUGUUCACAGUAGUGUUGGAUUAAAGCCUCAGAUUUUUGUUUGGCAGAACAUCUUCUUUUUUAUAUAAAUAUAUAUGUAGAGUAUUUAGUAUAUUUUUAAUUCCCGACCAUAUAACAAAAAUCUAAAAAGCAAAGAAUGCUAUCCACAUUAGUAUUUAUAAUUACUAUUUCUCUACAGAACCUAUGUGAAUCAUUUAUUCUGUAUGAGGCAAUUAGUAUCAAUUCAAUAGUCUGAAUAGAGCACAUUUCAUUGUAGUGCACCACACAGUAAAGGGGAAGAAAAGCACACAGUAAAGGUUCACAUUAGUAGAGCCCGACCACAGUCAUCCUUAAAGUAAACAUUGUGAAUUUUUUGUAUUGUAAUAAAUCUAUAAUAAACAUGCUUUACUCAA